AUGUCCCAAGGAGGAUACUUUGAGGGUGAGAGGCACUACCAAGCUCUAGAGAUGGCUCCCGCCAGGCCCACCGGCAGUGACUUGGCCCCUUUGUGCGAAGCGGAGUUGGCCUCCUACAUCGGGGAUGAGCAGCUGCUUACGGAGCUGCUGCAAGGCAACCAGCAGAGGCUGGCCAAGGGGACCUCCUUCCCAAGCUACUUCCCCACCGACCCGUACCCCUUCCUCUCUUUCGGAGGGGAGCGCAAGGGCCUGCCUGCCUUUGACCCACGAUCGGUGGCUGUCAAGGAAGAACCACGAGGUGGAGAGGCUGGGCGAGGGGCCGCACGUCACCCCUACAGCGCGGUGCACUUGCCAGCUGCCCACUGUGCUCAGGUGACCCUCACCCAACCGGGACUACGGACUGGACAAGCUCUGAGAGUGCUCAAGGUAAGGAUGGAGAAGACCUUUCCUGUUACCCUCCUCUAG